AAUCUUCCCAGCGGAACAUUCCAAGAAAAAAUGCGAAUAAAACGGCAGCGAUUCAAUAAAUUCCACUAAACUUUGGAAAAUUCCAAGCAUAAUUCUAGUUUCCAGCUCACCUUAAAAACCGCUUCUGGCCAACGAAGUCUCACAACCCACCUUCUUUUGUCUCUUAGAUACCGCAGAAUACCAAUUCAACCAUCACUGUCUACCGGAGAAAUCCAAUUUUCCGGUGGCGGGAACAUAAUUUACCCGUUAAUUUCAUCUGGGUUGUUUUCCUUUUUGUGAUUUAUUAUUAGGUAGAAGAAUAAGUUUUAGUACCCUGAUGACGGUGGCCACGCCGAAGAAGGCUGUUUCGAUCACAGAAAAGGUGUGGAAGAAAGUCUAUGGGAAUUAUGGCGCCUGUAGCGGUGGCGCGAGUCAUCAUAAUAAGAGGUGUUCGUAUGAAAGCGAGGAUGAUAUUUAUGAAGAUGAUAAUGAAACCACCAUGGAGCUGGUGCAGAUUGGUGCUGAAAGGACUAAAAAUGUGUUGAUUCUUAUGAGUGAUACUGGUGGAGGCCAUCGGGCUUCCGCUGAAGCCAUUCGUGACGCUUUCAAGAUUGAAUUUGGUGAUGAGUACCGGAUAUUUGUGAAGGAUGUUUGGAAGGAAUGCGCAGGGUGGCCAUUAAACGACAUGGAGAGAUCAUACAAGUUCAUGGUAAAACAUGGACAAUUGUGGAACGUAGCAUUUCACAGCACCUCUCCUAGAUGGAUUCAUGGCUGCUAUCUCGCUGCCAUGGCCGCCUACUAUGCCAAGAAGGUGGAGGCUGGUUUAAUGGAGUACAAGCCGGAAAUUAUCAUAAGUGUUCAUCCUUUGAUGCAGCACAUUCCCCUGCGAGUUCUUAAAUGGCAAGGUCUACAGAAGAAAGUGAUUUUUGUCACAGUUAUUACAGACCUCAAUACCUGCCACCCGACCUGGUUUCAUCCUGGGGUCAAUAGAUGCUACUGCCCAUCACAGGAGGUAGCCAAGAGGGCUUCACUAGACAGCCUAGAAGAGACUCAAAUUCGUGUAUUUGGCCUGCCCAUUCGACCUUCUUUUGCCCGUGCAAUUCUUUCUAAGGAUGAUUUACGACGAGAACUUGAAAUGGACCCCAACUUGCCAGCAGUACUACUGAUGGGGGGUGGUGAAGGAAUGGGUCCUGUUAAGCAAACUGCAAGGGCUCUAGGAGAAUCUUUGUUUGAUAAAGAAAGAGGGAAACCAAUUGGGCAGUUGAUUAUCAUAUGUGGUCGUAAUAAAACGCUAGCCUCUAUUCUGCAAUCUGACGAAUGGAUGAUUCCGGUUAAGGUUAGAGGGUUUGAGACACAAAUGGAGAAAUGGAUGGGCGCUUGUGACUGCAUAAUUACUAAAGCUGGACCUGGUACAAUUGCAGAGGCAUUGAUCAGGGGUCUUCCUAUUAUCCUCAAUGAUUACAUUCCAGGACAAGAAAAGGGCAAUGUACCAUAUGUCGUAAACAAUGGGGCUGGUGUUUUCACCAGAAGUCCAAAGGAAACAGCAAAACUGGUAGCAGAAUGGUUCAGCACCAAGACAGAUGAACUCAAGAGAAUGGCGGAGAAUUCCCGUAAACUUGCACAACCAGAGGCAGUUUUUAACAUUGUAAAGGACAUUCAUGAACUUGCCAAGCAGCGAGUGCCUCUAGCCGGUGUUCCUUAUAUGUUAACGUCUUCUUUCUCAAGCUUAAUCUAAUUACAUAGACCUUCAUUUCUACUAUAGCUAAUAUUUCCACAAUUAGAAUGGCCAUGUACAGCUUGUUAAAUUAUCAUUCUUUGUCCUCAAGAUUCUUAUAAAAAAGAAACCUCUUAUGUUUGCUA